AAGAGUUACUAGUAGUGGUAAAGGCAUUAUUAAAAGGAAACGUCAUAGAAGGCUGUGGAGAAGGAGGUGGUAAAAAAGUAUUUGGAGUAUUAUACAUUGAAUUCCCUGUGAUAGAACAGCUCGUUGGCUCGUUUGACCAGAUUGUGGUUGACUAUUAUGGAAAUUUAGC